UGGCACAAGAGGACACUUUGUGUUCAGGGUCAUCCACAUUGCUUAAACAACGGACAUAGGAGACAGAGAGGGGCACAAGGACAGUGAGUGGUAUAGAAAAGAAGGAAGACACCAAGACUGAACAUCUUUAAGGUGAGUUAGACAGGCAGCUGGAAAAGGAAGUGGGAUAUUUUUGUCCUACGAUUCAUUGACAGCCAGAAGACCUCAUCUAUUUUCCCUUUGAAGAAAGGGUGCCAUAACCAGAGGUUUACCAUGGAAACCAAGAUGGUAACAAAGUUUGAGCAAGAGGAGCAGUCAUCCAAGAUGUCUCAAGGCAUGCAGCUUUCUUCUCAGAUAAAGAAGCGGACCUUCACUUCCAGUGAUGAGGAAGCCUCCUACUCCGAUUUUCAGCCCAUCAUCCCUGCUGAUCUGAUGUCUAUCAAAGAGAUCCUGAACAUGAAGAAUGUAUCCCGCCACAGGACUUGGGAGAUUCUGCAAGAAACAAUGGCUGCUGAUGAGGAAUAUCACAGAGAGAAAUGGAUUUGGUUUGGAAAUGAAGCUGAGAGGACUGAGAUAGAUGUGAUGAGAAACCAGCAAAUGUUGCGCAGUCGUGUUGACAAAGUGGCCCUUCGCAGACAGGCAGAAAAAAAGAAAUCUGCCCACAUCAAGUACUUGGAGAAGCUGAGUCAGAAAGCUCCAGACUUUUCUGUCCCUCUGAGAGCUCACACAGUCUGGGAGGGAAUGACAGUGAUGCUCUCCUGCGGAGUCCAGGGCUGUCCACCCCCAAAGGUUGAGUGGUUUAAAGAUGGUAAACCACUGAUAACAUCUCUCCUACCAUGGAAUUACAGCCUCCAAGAAAAAUUUGGCCUCAGUCUACUAGAGAUCAGAAGGUGCUCUCCUGAAGAUGCUGGCGAGUACAAAGUAGUUGCCAAGAGCUCCCUGGGUGAAGCUUCGACAUUUGGAACCUUAGUGGUAAACUCAUGUCAAGGAGCCAUGGCUGGUUCAGAGCACUCGCAGACCACCGGCUGGCAGCCGCAAAAAGAAGCCCGCUUUGACAUUUCCUUUCCGCCAACCUGGGUGAAAGAGGGCAGCAGCCUCUCCCUGCAGUGUACCUUCACAUCAGCUCUGCUACCUUUCCAGCAGGAUGUCAGCUGGUUCAGAGAUGGCGUACAGCUGCAGCAAUCCAGCAAUGUGGACAUCAAAACGUUUGAUAACAAGGCCAUCAUCACCCUGACUGCUGCACACAAGGAGAAUGAAGGAGUCUAUAGCGCCAGACUGAAGACCAGCGAUGGAUACGAGGAACACGUAGCUUUUGUCUACAUUAAAGACGGGCCAGCUGCAGUGCUUAGAGGUCCUGCAUCUCCUUUGGCGGUGGAGGUAUCUGAUGUCAACAAGAACUAUGUCUUUCUGACCUGGCAGCCCCCCAGCGCUGAUGGAGGAUCACCUGUGGAGGGUUAUUAUGUGGAGAGAUGUGACCUUAGUCAGGGAGAGUGGGUGCGCUGUAAUGAGUCCUCACAGAAAAUGUGCCACUUUCCCAUUUUCGAUCUGAAGGAAGGAGCAUUUUACCAGUUUAGAGUUUGUGCCGUAAAUAAGGCUGGAGCAGGACGUCCCUCCAAAGCCACAGGGCCUGUCCUCAUCGCAGACCCCCUUGAACACACCAGGACAAUGGUGGUCAAAGUUGAUCGAGGAAGAACCAUCACCAUUACAAAAGAUGAACUGGAAGGUCAGGUCAAAGCCCCCUUUCCUCCCACUGACGUCCGCGCCUGCGAGCUGAGCAACACCUACGUGGUGCUGAGCUGGACCGAGCCUGAACCCCGAGGCAGGGAGCCGCUGACCUACUAUGUAGAACGGUCCUUGGCAGGGAAAAACAGCUGGGAACUGGCCAGUCUGGACAUGAUGGUGAACUCUCCCAGGUUCCCAGUGUUUGAUCUGGUUAAAGACAAGCAGUACUGCUUCCGAGUGCGCUCCAUCAACAAGUAUGGUGUCAGUGACCCCUCCACUCCGAGUACACCUAUUUCACUAGGAAAGCCGCAAGCUGUGCCGCCUCCUCCUCAUUCAGCCAUGGCCAUUAGAGACACGGACACCUCAGUUCUGUUGCAGUGGCAAGAACCCAAAGACAAAGAAAACAUCUUGGGAUAUUAUCUGUACUACAGUGAAGCUGGUAAACAGGAGUGGAAAACUGUCAACAACAAACCUGUAACAACAACCAGGUUUACUGUUCAUGGCCUAAAAACGCUGAAAGAAUAUGUGUUUCGGGUGAAAUCUGUGAGCCGAGCAGGAAACAGCAGAUAUUCAGAUGAGUCACACCCCAUCAUCGUCAAAGCAGCCAUCAAGGUUCCCUCCUCUCCCUCUGCUAUCACCCUACUGCUGUGCACAGGAUCAGAGAUGGUCCUCUCCUGGAGGGCUCCUUCCUAUAAUGGGGGAAACCAUGUCCAUGGCUACUACCUGGACCAGAAGGAGAAGGGCACCGAGACCUGGAGAGAGGUCAACACAAAACCUGCCAAAGAAAGGACGCUCAAGGUUUCUGGCUUGAAAGCUGGACAUUCAUACCAGUUCCGAGUCUUUGCUGCUAAUGCAGCCGGCAUUGGGAAGCCGUCUGACGCCAGUGAAGCAUUCCUGUGUGAAAAGUGGACAAUGCCAGAACCAGGUUGUCCGUAUGACCUGGAGUUCAGGGAGGUGAGAGACGGUUCGCUGGUGCUGUUAUGGGCGACUCCGCUCUAUGAGGGUGAAAGCCCUGUCACUGGCUACAUGCUGGAAACCAGCCAGGGUAACCAGUCUGACAACUGGACCAUUCUGACUCUAAAACCAAUUUCUGAAACGCGUUACAAGGUGACUGGUCUGCAGACGGGUCAAACCUACCGCUUCCGUGUGUCUGCUGUUAAUAAGGCAGGUGUUGGUCGUGCUUCCUUGCCCUCUGAGCCGGUCACAGUUCAGACCCAACCAGGUACCAAAGAGAUUAAGAUCGGUGUUGAUGAUGAAGGGUUUAUAUUUCUGGGAUACGAGGCUGUUAAGAUGAGUGACGACAGUGAGUUCCUCUGGAGGAAAGAUUUCACAAAACCGAUCGAUUCCCAAAAAGCGAAAGCAGAAACAGCUAAGAACAGGUCAGCUCUCACCUUCACAGAUCCAUCUGAAGAGGAUCUUGGUCUGUACACUGUGGAAAUGAGCGACUGUCCUCAUCUGUCAUCCAGCUAUGAUUUUACAGCUGAAGAUCUCGAACGUCUGAAAGAACUCAGCUGGCAGGUCAGAAAUCCACUAAUUGCACUGAAGUCAGCCUGGCAGGUGGAGGUGUCUGAAAAGGGCAGCGUGCGUCUUUGGCUUCAGACCGAAAGUCUCAGUAGUUCUGCUGAGCUCCGUCUUAUCUUCAACGACCGAGAAAUGUCCAGCAAUUCGCGCUGUAAGAUAAACUUCGACAAGGCCAAAGGUCUGGUGGAGAUACUGUUUGAUCCGCUCUCUCAGGAAGAUGAGGGCUCAUACACUGCUCAACUGAGGGACGGGCGCGCCAAGAACCAGUGCACUUUGGUCUUUGUGGAUCAAAAGUUUCGUGAGAUACUGGCCUUGGCUGACUGGAAAAGAUGGGACAUUAAGAGAAAGACUGGACCUUAUUUUCAGGAAUUCCUGACAUGGAGUGUGAACCAGGAUUGUGAAUUAUUUAUACAAUGCAAGGUGACAAACACAAGUAAAGACACGUCCUUAAAGUGGUUCAAGGAUGGUGUGGAAGUUAAAGACUUUGAUUAUGAUCAGACAUCUGGGGUCAGCUCACUCACAAUCCCACAGGUGACAAAGAAAGAGGCUGGUUUGUACAGAGCUGUGGUGUCGGACAGUCGAGGAGAAGAUGUCAGCACUUUAGAGCUUCUGGACAAUGAAUAUGACAAGCUUCUUCAGCAGCUAAGUGAACAAUGCGCCUUGUCAGCUGGUCCGCUACAGAUUGAGAGCACUGCUGAAGGUUUCAAGAUCUACUCCUCCCUUAGAUACUACAUUAGCUUCCUGAAGACAAGCUGGUACCUCAAAGGGAGGAAACUUGACCAGGAGGCCAGGUCAAAGCCUGGGAGUAGCAUGCAGAAAGUCUGGAUUGAAAUCUUAAACCCGACAGAGAGCGACAAAGGUGAAUACACCUUGGAGAUGUUUGAUGGCAAAGAGACACACAAACGUUUCUUUGAACUAUCCACAGAAGCAUUUGCUGAAGCCUUGCUGGAACACCAGAGGUUAAAGCAACAGGCAUUUGCUGAAAAAAAUCGUGCCAAAGUGAUUAAAGGGCUUCCAGAUGUUGUAGCCAUCAUGGAAGGCAAGUCUCUAUGUCUGACAUGCUUCAUUGAUGGCGACCCAGCUCCUGAGAUCAUCUGGCUUCGCAACGAUAGAGAAAUCCUUGAUCAGACUCAGUUUACCAUCUCAAAGGAGUCCAAGCGAACCUCCAUUACUGUCAACCAGGUCACCACGGAAGAUUCUGGAAAGUACAGCAUCUUUGUGCGCAACCAGUAUGGCUCGGAAACUGUUGAUGUGACACUGAGUGUGUACAAGAAGGGCGAGAAGCCUCCAGCAAAUGCAGUGGAAAUGGGUUAAAACUGCAAACUGCAGGAAUCCAAUUUCUUCAAACUGAGAUGUUUUACCUGGUCUGAUUGUUCUCAUUUAAUAGAAGUAUUACAAAAUAGGAAGUGCUUUGCAGUAUUAAUAUCCCAUGAACUUUUUCCACAGUUUGUUGUAAGAGUUGUAUGUUACAGAGCAACAGGAGCUAGGAUACGGUAAGGAUGUGUCUUGGGUUAUCAUUAUCAUAAUUAUCUAUUUGUUUUUAAGACUGAAACGACAGAAAGACAACAUAAAAAUUAAACAAGCUAGAAAUAAUAAAUAAAAAAAAAACAUAAAAUCUGACAAUAUAAGCAAUCAAAUCU